UUUUUGUGAUGAUCUGGUGAUUACAUUUGGCUCAUCAUUUAGUUUUAUGGCAGCUGGAUGGUCUUAUAAAUCAUCACAUCUAUGGGGUCCAUAUGUAGUAAUGCCAGUAAAAAAUAAUGAUGAUUUUGUUAUAGACAAAAUUUGGUUAUGGAAGGCUACGUUAAACGAACCAUGUAUGUACUUUAGUAAAUCGUUAUUAAAGGAUUUUGAUCCUGAAACUGUCAAAGUUUUUAAGACUAAUCCAUUUUGGAUGUAUUAUAGCCAAGGAU